AAGACUGCUGACCUGACUGCUGUCCAGAAGGCCACUAUUGACACCCUCAAGCAAGAGGGUUUUUUUGUUUCCCCAUUCUGACUGCAUCUGUAAACAAAAGGAGCAGAUCAGAUUUGCAUCUAAAUUUAACCCCCUUCACUGCUACAGCGCAUGACUGGGCGAAAUCUCUUCAGCCUUUGUUAAGGGAAAAUACUGGGGGUUUUACAAAACCACUGCAGUGGGCAGAGCUUGCUUCUUCUCCUCUGAAGGAUAUAUAAGGCUGUGAUCAGAGUGCUUGAGCCACCUAAUAAAGAACUGCCAAGACCACAUUCAGAUCAGAGCAGUGUCUGCCAGUAAAGUUGCAGGUAUGAUAUCAAUCAAAGUCACUGUGAUGGCAGUGACACUUCUUAUUCUCUGUGUCCUAUCAACAAACACACAAGCAGCUUCUUUUCCUUGCUGUCGAAGAUACAUGUUUGGCAAACUCAGAUUUUCAGACAUCAAGGGCUUCUCGGUGCAGAAUGACAUUGAACAUUGUUCGAUCAGUGCCAUCAUUUUCCACACAAAGAAUGGCAAAAAAUGUUUCAACCCAGCUCUGGAAUGGGUGAUCGACUACGUCAGACAAAUAGAAUAUAUGGCACAAAAAGUUCAUCAGAAUGCAAGGAAUUAACAGGCUCCAAAGGAUGAAGGGGGAUGCGGAGGCCGGCCGCUGCAAACAUGUUUCUGACCUCUACUUGCUGAAAGGACUACUGCUGUUUAAAGCUUUCAAGACCAGCUUAAAAGCAAUAAUGCUGAAAAGCAAUGCAUAUGUUUGCUCAUUUUUAGUAGCACUGUAAAUAUUAUAUUCUUUAUAUUCAUUAACAUUAUAUUUUUGUAUACUUCUUGCACAAAAUAAAGACAUGUUCAUAAAGAA